AUGGCCAUAGGAUUAGCUGUAGCAAGUGAAGGUGGGCAGUAUAAUGGUAGGAUUACUUCGUUUGUUAUCCUAUCUUGUAUGGUAGCUUCCAUGGGAGGACUUAUUUUUGGUUAUGAUAUUGGAAUUUCAGGUGGAGUGACCUCUAUGGAACCAUUUCUCAAGAAAUUCUUCCCAGAAGUUUAUACUAGAAUGAAGGAAGAUACCGAGAUUAGCAACUACUGCAAAUUUGACAGCCAGCUUCUGACCACCUUCACAUCAUCACUCUAUAUUGCCGGCCUUGUCGCUUCCUUCUUUGCAUCAUCAAUCACUCGAUACUUCGGACGCAAACCAUCAAUCCUUGCAGGAGGUGCUGCAUUCCUUUCUGGUUCUGCUCUUAAUGGGGCUGCGACUAAUUUGUACAUGCUAAUAUUUGGCCGUGUCCUUCUAGGAGUUGGAGUUGGUUUUGCAAACCAGGCAGUUCCUUUGUAUCUCUCUGAAAUGGCACCUCCAAGAUAUAGAGGGAGAAUCAACAAUGGCUUCCAACUCUGCGUCGGAAUUGGAGUACUCUCAGCUAAUUUUAUUAACUUCGGCACUGAAAAGAUUGAAGGUGGUUGGGGUUGGCGAGUCUCCCUAGCAAUGGCAGCAAUCCCUGCGUCUUUCCUGACUACAGGUUCCCUUUUCCUACCCGAGACACCCAACAGCCUAAUUCAACGCUUCAACGACGAACAUAAGGCCAAAACCAUGCUGCAACGCAUCCGCGGCACGACCGAUGUCGAAGCAGAACUUAAUGAUCUCAUCAGAGCAAGUUUGGUCUCAAAAACCAUUGAACAUCCAAUCAAGAAAAUUGUACAAAAAAACUAUAGACCACAACUAGUCAUGGCAGUAGCAAUACCGUUUUUUCAGCAAGUAACAGGUAUCAAUGUCAUUUCAUUCUAUGCUCCGAUACUCUUCAGGACUAUCGGUCUAAACGAAAGUGUGUCACUCAUCAUGUCUGCGCUGAUAGCUGGAGUCGUAGGCACUGCUUCGACAUUCUUAUCGAUGCUCAUAGUAGACAAACUUGGCAGAAGAGUCAUGCUCAUAUUUGGUGGUCUACAAAUGUUUGUGUCACAGAUUAUGAUUGGAGGCAUCAUGGCAGCUCAGCUAGGUGACCAUGGCAGCAUAGAAAAAGGGUAUGCCUAUUUUGUUCUGAUCAUGAUAUGCAUAUAUGUCUCUGGCUUUGCUUGGUCUUGGGGUCCAUUGGGAUGGUUAGUUCCUAGCGAGAUUUUCCCACUGGAGAUUCGAUCGGCAGGGCAGAGCGUUGUGGUGGCAGUGAAUUUCCUCUUUACUUUCAUUGUUGCCCAAACUUUUCUAGCUAUGCUUUGCCAUUUCAAGUCCGGAAUUUUCUUCUUUUUCGGUGGAUGGGUGGCAGUGAUGACUGCAUUUGUGUAUUUGCUGUUGCCUGAGACUAAAAAUCUGCCAAUCGAGGUGAUGGAUAGAGUGUGGAGGGAGCAUUGGUUUUGGAAGAGAAUUGUAGAGUAG